AUGAGUGUUGUGAAAAUAUCCUCGGAAGCAUUUUUAGAAAAGAAAAGUGAAGUCGACACAUUAGAUCCAGUUUUAGAACUAAAUGAGAAUGUGGCAAGUGAAAUAUUCGACCGACCCCAUGAGGAAGGCGAUUUUGAAGAGGUUUCACCUAGAAUUUUCAGUCUCAUCGAUAUUACCGAACCACUGACAAUAGAAUCGCUGAAUAACGCCAUAUACGAGCUCGGAGUAGUGAAUUUAUGUUGGCCUGAUAUCAGUGAACCGGUGUUUGAGACUCGUACAAGUUUUCCUAAGAGUUAUUACAUAAAUACUACAAAGGAACGAUUGCUACUUGCUUACACUGAAAACUUCAGGAGACAGUAUAAUUUUCAUUACAAAUACAAAGCGCGGAAGCCUUUAUUGUUGCAAGUUCCCAAUGAAUGUGGAUUGCAGAAAAUGGUGUGCACCUCAAUUCGACCGACGAAGCUUUGUUUUGCGGACACCAACACAUGGCAAGGUGUAUCAGCUUUGGUAUCAGACUACUUCGAUUAUGAACCUCUCACGAAGCCGAUGCUGCAUAUUGGCACAACGAAUAAAAUGUCGUCCUUUCAAUAUUUGGUAUCGCACGCGCGUCACCCAUCGCGCUCGCGACGUCGGCGCGCCUCGCUGGCGAAAGGACGCCGUGACUUAGUAUUUAGUUUUGACUUGAGGUAG